AAGUCUUUUACCAAAAUAAUCGGCACAGAAAGCUCUACAAAGCAGAACUUGCCAAUAAGUUUUCAGAGACGUUUCAGUUUUUUUUGUGGUCGAUUACUGAUAGAAGUAUCUGGAAAAAAGGUAAAUUCAGUAUUGAAGUAGAUAAUGCUAGGUUUCAAGUGUGUUAAUAAGCUGCUGCUACAUAAAUAAAAACUUUGAAGUUUUCUCUAUCAUCAGAAAAAAAAUCAGCUUAUUUGGUUAGAAUACAGUGGAGAUAUGCAAUUUUAUUUUUGGUAGGUGACUUUUAGGACACUCUGUAUACCAAAUUAAAGCUCAUUAAGAACUGGAUUUAUGGGUAUAAUUAAUAGGCCGUACAGCAAUUAUUGACUAUUAGAAUUAUUGAAAUGUCUUCCACUAUAUACCAAAAUGAGCUCGUAUUUUACGAUUUUCAUUCUUCAUGUACAUAUUUUCAUAAAAAAUAAUAGUAGAUUCGUAAUCUCCAUCAAAAACUGAAUCCAGAGACACCCAGGUGAAUGAAUCCGAUACAGGAACCUAUUGGAUCCGACCAUCCGAUAGAAUCCGAUGGGAUUCCGGGAAACGAAUCUACUAACGGAUCCAACGGAUGAAACCUAUUUAAUUAAUUAAGUGCUAAUCACUGACUGGUGGCAAUAGUAGAGAUCAGUCAUAGCAGGGCAUUGGAUUCCAUCGAAUUCCGACAGUAGGAUCCCAUCGGAUUCUAACACUAGGGAUCCGGAUGUCGUUUUGUUUCCCGGAUUCCGAUAGGAUUUCGUCGGUUUUUAGGAAUUCACAUAAAAUCCGAGUCGGUCCUAUUGUCGAAUUGAAUCUCCUGCGCAUGUCAUUUGUAUAGUUUUGAUGAAAAAACGUUUUCGAAAAAAAUCCUGGGUGAGUACGAUGGAGAUCAUGAAUCUACUAUUAUUUUUUAUGAAAAUAUGUGCAUGAAGAAUGAAAAUCGUAAAAUACGAGCUCAUUUUGGCAUAUAGUGGAAGACAUUUCAAUAAUUCUAAUAGCCAAUAAUUGCUGUACGGACUAUUAAUUACACCCAUAAAUCCAGUUUUUAAUGAGCUGGAAUUUGGUAUAUAAUACUAUGUAAUAUCAUUUACAAUUGAAUUUGCUAGAAAGGGGUGUAAUGGUUAAGUAACACUGUAUACAUUUCGUGAAACAGGAAGACCCUUACUUAAAGUAUCUCAAAACAUUUUCAGAAUUAUGAGACUUGUUUAUAAGGAAAAAUUCAAGUUGCAAUUGCAUCAUUGACUUGAUAUCUUAUUAAUUCCUGAUCGUUAUUUAAAAAUUCUACAAGACAAAUCUUUUUUCUAGAGAAAACGAAAGUAUUGAGUUGCCAUUGGAUGACAUGAAUAACUUGAUAAAGAAUCUUUUAAUUGUGUUAUGAAUAAUACAGGUAACAAUUAAAACGUCAAUCGAAACAAUGUGAAUGAAUUUUAUUUAUCUGUAAUAUAUGUAGGACUUAUAAUUUGCCAAGUUUAAAGUUGUGCGUCCAAAUAAUUUGUUUCAAUAUUUAAUAGUUUUGAAAAGUUCAAUAACUUAUUCUGUAAAAUUCCUUAAAAAGAAAGUCGCUCGAUACAUAAAUUUGAAUUUUUAAAUAUUCAUCCUCCAUCAAUGUUUCAUACCAGCAGUAGUCACAAAUAACCAUUUCAUAUUAGAAAUAUUAGAAAAAAAUUGAGAAUCUUCCAAAAGAUUCAGUUACAAAUACCAUGAUGGGAAACAAGUAUAUUUAUUAAGAUCUUAUCAAAAGCCUUACCCGCUAAGCUGUACUAGUCUCGUUUUCUUCCUGAUUGUCAAGCUUAAGAUGUUUAUUUUGAAAUUAGGGACGACUAAGGUACUUCUGAUCAGAGUAACUGUGUUACAUUUUUUGUCUCUACUAUGGAAACUAUUAUUUGUGCAAUAAUAAAAGUAUAAAUAAACCUGAGAAAAGACUAUGAAACAAAACAUCUUUUAUUAACAUUGGUAAUACACAUUUUCAUAGAAUUUGAGUCUGAUAAUUUAUUCAUUAGUGUAGGCCGAAUAUUAAAAUUUUCUUUCUAGAAUAGGAACCACUGGGAUUCAUAAAGAAUGCAUCAGAAAUUUUCGUUCAUAUAGUUUUUUAAAAGAGAAACGAAUAGUUGAUUAUUGUGCUGUUCAAUAUUAAAUUCUUAAAAUAAAUAGAUGAUUUUUUGUUAAAUAUCAAACAAUCAUAUACGACUGAUUAAUUAUUUGUUUCAACAAAAAAAAUGUUUAUUCAUCCACCAAUUUAGAGCUGUCUUUACAAUUAUUAUAACGUUUAACUAGUUUUUAAGAACAGAAAAUUAAGAAUACUUUUUCUAACUAAUGACACUGGGAACAGUAGAAAAAAUCGUUAAUUUGCCAUAAAAACUGUCAAGGUGUCAUUUAUUUUUUUCGUUGAAAAUCUCUUUUGUUAUUAUUAGAAAGAAUCAGAGACCGAACCGAACUAUAACGGUUCUGUUCGUUUUCGGUCACUGGAAAGAAUAAAGGAAAUGAAUUGAAAUUUUCUAAUUUUAUAUAUAUAUUAAUUUAUUCUAUUUUCUUGUGUUAAUUAGGUGAAUCAGCUGAAAAUAUUACUACCAAUAAACAAGAUUCACCCACAACUUCAACUGAUUCAAUUGAAACAUUUCAAUUAGAUUUUUAUCAUGUUCACGUUCAUUUCUUAUUUUCGGAAAAAGAGAAAAAAGCUAUAUUUGAACGUUUUAAUGAAGCAAAACAAUUUUUGACAAAUGUUAUUUCAGCUGAUCCUCGCUGUACCCAAGUAUGGGCAAAUAUUAUUGCAGAUGCUUAUGAAAAAAUGACAGUACAUUCAUCAACAUCACAAAUUAUUCAACUACUUUUUAGUACAUCAACUAUCACAACAUCUAGGUUACAAGAAUUGAUUGCAACAAAAAUUAUUAUCGCCAUUGUUCAUCCGGAUGCAGCAGCAAAUCCAUCGGUUCUUGAUCCAGUUAGAACCAAGGAAUAUGCAACAACAACAAGAUUUGAAGAUAAAGCCUUAAUUGCAAUCAAUCCAAUGGUAUUUAACAAUGAAACAACAAUUCAUGGAAGUCUUAUUUCUCGUGAAUCAUGCACUUUAUUUUUGGCUAUUCUUUUAUCACAUGAAAUUACUCAUGCAGUUAAAUAUAUUGGUGAAAAACAAAAAACUAUACCAGAAUUAUCAUUUUUUAGAACAUAUUCAAGUCCUGAUGAAUAUGAUGGUGGAAAUGCAUUGGAACAUGAAUUGUUUUGUGGUGAAAUGCAUAUUAAUCGUGAUUGUACACGUACUGAUGUUGAAUUGUUUAUCAUUGGAGCAGAUGGCCGAUAUUUUAAACUCUCACCGUCAGAUAUUAAUAAUUGUUUAACAAACAAUAGUCUUCAAUCAUUAUCAUCAUUAGUUCGUCGAUUAGGAUUGAAACGUCAACGUAUAAAUGAUAGUAGAAAAACUCAUUAUGAUUAUUCCGAAUCAACUGAUUAUGAAAAUAAGAAGAACGAUGAAGAACUUGUACCUCUACUUCGUUAUCAUACACGAACAAGUGUUUUUAAAGAAACGGAUAAUGUUAAUCCAAAUGAAUAUUAUCAAUCGUUGUUAAAGUACCACUGUGAAAAAGACACUUCGCAAGCCCAAUCUCCAGAUGAUCCACUAUUAUCAUGA